AUGAUAUUCUCCGGCCUAGUUUGGCUGUUCGUUGUCACACUGGCGGCUUCUAGCCAGGCUCAUGUCAACCAGACCUUCCACAAUCCCAUCCUGCCAGGAUGGAGCUCGGAUCCUAGUUGCACAUUUGUUAAGGAGUGGGAAGACACAUUCUUCUGUACCACAUCGUCAUUCUUGGCCUUCCCUGGAGUGCCUGUUUACGCCAGCAAGGACCUAGUCAACUGGAAGCUCGCCAGCAAUGCUCUGACAAAUCCAGACCAGCUGCCAGAGCUGUACAGAAACUCUGGUCAGAAUGAAGGCAUUUGGGCGUCGACUAUUCGCUUCCAUGAGGGUACUUUCUAUCUAAUCACAUCUUACGUGUCGUGGUAUGAUGGAUGGGGACCCAAGAUCUUGCUGUUUACUACCAAAGAUCCUUAUGACGACGCUUCCUGGACUGGGCCGCUUCACAUCGAAAACCCGGCCAAUGACAUUGAUCCGGACAUAUUCUGGGAUUCUGGAAAGGUUUACAUGUCUGUUGCUGCUGGCAUCUACAUUAGUGAGAUCGAUCUCACUACAGGCGCGGCAACAGAGCCAAUCAGAGUUUGGAACGGAACUGGUGAUCGAAACCCUGAAGGCCCGCACAUCUACCACAAGGAUGAUUAUUAUUACCUUUUGAUAGGAGAAGGUGGUACAGAAACGAACCACUCUGUGACUAUUGCUCGAGGGAAAGAGGCGACUGGGCCGUUUGUAGGCUUUGAAGGCAACCCAAUUCUUACCGCCAAAAACACCAAUGAGUAUUUUCAGACCGUUGGUCAUGCCGACUUUUUCCAAGACGCAUCUGGAAACUGGUGGGGUGUUGCGCUAGCGACUCGUUCUGGUCCGGCAUGGGAAAUUUACCCGAUGGGCUGUGAGACGGUUCUCUUUGCUAUUACCUGGGACGAAGGUGAGUGGCCAGUCUUGGACAUGGUGCGAGGCACAAUGACUGGGCCGCUUCCACCGACAAAUAAAGACAUUCCGGGUAACGGACAUUGGAUUGACGAGCCGGACGUUGUCGACUUUGCGCCCGGAUCAGCUCUGCCGAGGCAUUUCUUCUUUUGGCGCCCUCCUAAGGAAUCUCUGUUCGCAAUCUCCCCCGAGGGCCACGCAGACACACUGCAAAUAUCUCCUUCUGCUUUCAACCUUUCAGCAUCACCUGAUUUCAACCCAAAGGAAGACGGGCUUGGAUUCAUCGCACGCAAGCAGAGCGCUACCCUGUUCAACUUCACCAUCGACGUUGAUUUUAGACCCGAAGUUCAAGACGAGGAGGCUGGCGUGACAAUCUUUUUGACACAGUUCCAGCACAUCGACCUGGGAAUCGUCAACCUACCCGCAUGCUCGGGCAAGUCUCUAAUCCCACGGUUCAGGUUCCGGGUUGAGGCCUCUGGGAAACCUAAUAUCACAGUCCCAGAGGAAGCCGUCAUCCCUGUACCCAAAGAGUGGCGUUCAGAGAAGAUCCGUUUGUUUGCAUCUGCUGUCAGCGAUUCCGAGUAUGUUUUUGGCGCUGCACCGGCGUCGAGACCAGAGGAAUACAUUGAGAUUGGCUCUGCCAGCGCUUUGAUUACAUCAGGAGGCAGUGGUCCAUUCACUGGUACGAUUUUGGGUCCGUAUGCAACUAGCAAUGGCGGUGAUGUCAUAUCCAACUCCUCUCAACACUUCAAUCAACCGCAUCGCCGGCAGCAAACGCAUACAUCCCAACAUACAUUCCUCAAUUACCUCAUCUCACAGUAUUCUCAGAGCAUAAUGUCCAACGUCGAUACCUCAAUCGGUCCUCACACGACCGGCGCCGCUGCUAAGCUGGCUGAAAAACAUUCCGAGCCACAUGCAUUGAAGCUCUACGGUGGUUGGUUUUGCCCCUUUGUACAACGUACAUGGAUCGUACUCUGCGAGAAGCAGAUUCCCCACCAGUACAUCGAGAUCAACCCUUACAAGAAAGACCCGGAGUUCCUCAAGCUGAACCCCCGUGGGUUGGUUCCGACAUUGGCCGUUCCCGUUGACGUGAAAGGAAAGGAGCAGAGGCCUCUGUAUGACAGUACUGUCCUCUGCGAGUACUUGGAAGAGGCCUAUGGUGGCAACAACUACGGCCCACACCUCCUCCCAGAAGGACCUUAUGAACGGGCGAGAUGCCGACUGUGGAUCGACCAUAUCAACUCCCGUAUUGUGCCGGCAUUUUACAAAUUCAUUCAACAUACCCCUGAGAAGGAAUACAGUAUUGAGCAAGUUCGAGAUGCAUUCUUGGGACACAUCAAAGAUUUUGCCAAGGAGUUAGACCCUGAGGGCCCUUAUUUCCUCGGACAGAACAUCAGUCUAGUUGACAUCAUGCUAGCACCAUGGGCGAUGCGCUUGUUCUUGUUUGACCACUAUAAGCCAGGUGGUCUUGGUCUGCCAGAUGAAGGGAAUGGUGGCGAAGAUGAAGGUACCUGGAAGCGUUGGAGGCAAUGGUACAACGCCAUCUCGGAAAAGCAAAGUGUCAAGGACACUUUCAGUGACAGAGACGCCUACAUAGCCGUCUACAAGCGGUACGCGGAGGAUAAGACGAACUCGGAGGUGGGACAGGCGACCAGAGGUGGAGGCAGAAUGCCUUGA